AAGUCCUUCACUUGCUAAUCUUGCAACUAAUCCCAGUAGCAGUAACACACCGCCCUCCUCCGCCGUAAUGGUUGGCGCUUCCAAGUUUGUGUCACUUGUCGCCCUGCCCUUUCCCUCUUUCUUCCAUCCUCUCCGUCCCUCCUCCUUCCUCCUCCGCCGCCGCCUAACCACCGUUCCCCUCCGCCCCUUCAGUCUCUCCUCUACCAAAUCCAAGUGCCAAACCCCAAAAAUUCUUCCCCUCAACUCCACUCAACAGCACUUCCACUCCCAACCAGCUAACAAUACCACAUACCCACACAACUCUUCUCAACACCACAGCCACCCAUGGCCAGAGUGGACCCAUUUUAUCAAUACUAUCUCUCUCCCCUCAACCGCAAAUGGGCAGGGAGUUACUUUACCUAUGAACCAUGAAAUCCUUCUUGACGAUGCUUUUGUUGCGUACGAGGAAUUGUCGGAGGAGUUUGUCCGUACUGCCGCCUCCUGCUUGGCUUUCGCUCGGGAACGCCCCAAUCUUCUUGGAUUGCUUUCGAGACGGGAGAUUGAGGUGGUUGUAUCAAAUGGGACACCAUUUCUGUUUAAGAGUGCUCUUGACACUACAAGGAGAAUGAGAGAAUUUUUGGGAACCGAUGGAGUCAUGGUCUUGGAAUCUGAUAAAGCAAGCAUGGUGGAUCUUAUGAAGUAUAUUCUAAGUUAUGCAAGCAAUCCAUCUCUUUCGUCCGAAAGAAAUGGCCUCUACAGUAAGGAACUUGUGGAAUUGUCUGUUCGGAAUCUGUUGCAUGAGUUGGGUAAGUUGAACAGCGGACCUCCAAAAAUGAACAUGCCUGCUUCUGAAGAGCAUUUCUCAGGUGGCUAUGGGCAAACCUCAAGACCCCUAAGACAAAAUAUUGAAAUGAAGAGAGGUGACUGGAUAUGUCCAAAGUGCAAUUUUAUGAACUUUGCAAGAAAUGUUAAAUGUCUUGAAUGUGAAGGACCUAGGCCAACAAGACAGCUGACUGGUGGGGAAUGGGACUGCCCUCAAUGUGACUUCUUUAACUAUGGGAGAAAUUUAGUUUGCUUAAGAUGCGACUGCAGACGACCUGGUGUGGCAUUGUCCAACACUGGUGACACCAGAUUGGGAUCCGGACGGAAUUGGGAAUUCACAUCCAAAACCAACACAGAUAGCCUGUUGGCUGAGAAUGAAGAGAGAGCAGGACAGUGGUUUAGUAAAAAUUCUCAGAUAAGUGAUGUCUCCUAUGGAGAAAAUCUGUCCCUUGUUGGCACUAGGAACACACCCUUGGAGAAGAGGCUUGCUAGCUCUCAAAAUCAGACGAUGGAUAAGGGGUACCCUGAAGGUACAAACAAGGCCCUUGAUACAUCAGUCAACCGUGGUUUGGACCAGAUUCUUGGUCGCUCGUCUAGAGUUUCUGGAAGAGAGGAUAGAGGCAUAAUUUCUGAACAAGGUGAGAGAACGGAUAUCUCUCCUUCAACUCUUCAGUUGGGAUCUUCGAGUGAUCAAAAUUCCCAGGAAAAAAAUUCCAAGUACAUUCCAUUUGUUCCAUCACCUCCAGACACGUUUUCAAAGAAGGAUCAAAAUUCUAAGAUGGUGGAUGGGGAAAAAGUCGGGACAGAAAGCUAUGAACCAGACUCAUCAGAGGUCAGUAAUCAAAGUAGUUCGACUGUCGGCAGUGAGUCCCAGCAGAUGGGGAAGAUUUUUCAGUUCUCAAAAAAUUCAGCAAGUGAGACUGCUAACCAGGGGAAAGAGAAAGAACAAGCUGAAAAGUCAGAAAGAUGGUUUAAGAAAAUAGCCGAGUUACAUGAUUCCAAAGAUCUACCGAGUGCAAUUUCAGACGAGGAUUUUCCCGAGAUUAUGCCGAUGCGUAAGGGAGAAAACCAAUUUGUUGUUAGCAAGAAGAAAAAUCGUUCUUUGACUUCACCAGCAUACAAAAGACAGGUUGCAGUGGAUCAGGCAAAUAAUACUAAUUUUGUCCCAUUUGUUCCAUUCCCUCCUGGCUACUUUUCUAGGAAGGACACACAACAGCUGGAUGGCGCAGAUUCAUCCACAAAAUCUAGCGGUGAAUCUUCUUCCAGUUCGACAACAGCCGAGAGCUUUUCUGAGAAGUUGGAUGAGCCAAGAUAUGGUAUGUCAGACACAAAUACUGCAUUGAGAAAAGUCGACCAACUGGCCAGUUCUGGUUAUACCAAACUUUCCCAUGAUUAUGUAGCUUCUCCCAGUGAAUACCCUAAACCGAACUCCUCAGCUCCCCAGACUACCAUACGUGACAAUCAGAUGGAUAAAUAUUCUGGGAAAGGGGAUGCCCCUCAGUUUUUCCAGCCGGGGCCCACGGCAGGUCCUCCCAAACCAUCUGAAAACCAUCAAGUUCGAAGUGGGACAGGUAAGAGCUUGGAGGGAUCAGCCGUUAAGGAACCUGACCCUUUGGACAUGUCGGAAGAGGCCAAAGCGGAGAGAUGGUUCAGACGUGUGGCUCAGAUAAAGGAUAUUUCUGAGCUGAGCCAGAUCCCCGAUGAAGACUUUCCGUCAAUAAUGCCAAUGCGGAAAGGAGUAAACAGAUUCGUUGUGAGCAAGAGGAAGACACCACUCGAGAGGAGGUUAACAUCUCAGCAGUAUCGAAGAAACCUUCCGAUUGUGAGAUCUGAUCCUCCUACAAACAAGGAAAACAACAAUAAUUAACGAAUACGAAUUUUUAUGUUUUUUAUUUUUCCUUUUUCGAUUUUGAGGAAAUAUAUGUUCGAAAAUUAUACUCGUCUAAGCAAAUUAAGCAUUCAAUCAGGGAAUGUAAACUCAAAAUUCAAUGUAUACACAUUUCUGAGCUAGUUUAUACACAUUUCUGAACUAGUUUUACUGUUGUAUCAGAGAUAGGUUGCAUCUUUUACAACAUCAAUCAUAUUCAUUUUCGUACGCAGAAUC